GAAGAAAGAGUGGCAUAAUAAAACUCCGCCUCCGCCACCACCAUAAAAAUCUCUCCUUUUUUUCUCAUAGUCAGCGUCGUUCAUAUUCCCCACUUCCAAAAAGCAAAUAACUCUCUUCUGUCUCUCUCAAACUCUGACUCUCGAAAAACCCACCUCCCAAUUCCUUAGUUAAAGCAAAACAAAAGCAUGGAGUCUCUCCCCUCUGGUUACCGCCCCAACGUUGGGGUCUGUCUCAUCAACUCAGACAAUCAGGUUUUUGUGGCUUCUAGACUUAAUGUUCCAGGAGCAUGGCAGAUGCCUCAGGGAGGGAUUGAAGAUGGUGAAGACCCCAAAUUGGCAGCUGUUAGGGAACUAAGAAAGGAAACUGGGAUAGUGUCUGCUGAGAUUGUUGCUGAGGUACCUCAAUGGUUGACUUAUGACUUUCCUCCUGCUGUGAAGACCAAAGUCAAUCGGCUGUGGGGUGGGCAAUGGCACGGGCAGGCGCAAAAAUGGUUCCUUAUGAGAUUUACGAAAGAUGACAGCGAGAUUAACUUGGACAAUGACGAAGCGGAUAUCGAAUUUGCAGAGUGGAAAUGGGCGAACCCUGAAGAAGUUAUCGAACAGGCUGUGGACUACAAGAGACCAACAUAUGAGGAGGUAAUGAAGACUUUUGCACCUUACCUUGAUGGAAACAAAAUAUCAACCAAAUGUAAAUCAUCCAAAUGGUGAAGAAUAAUGGUGUUCUUAAUUAUAAUUACCUUAAUUUUUAUCAAGUUAUUAAAGGGGAAAAAAAAGGUUGAAUUUGUAAAUGGGACAACAGCUAGAAGAAAACUGCUUACUUAUCUGAUUUUGUUUUGCAAUAAUUGAAAUUUUGUCAAAAUUACUUAACAGUUUGUGGGGGAAAUAACUUUAUGUUUAGGAGAUUUGAAGAUCUGUGUAAAUAAAUGGAAGCUGUGUGGACUUGUGAUAUUAAUUAAUGUAUGAAUUAAGGUUUGAAA